AUGGACAUCGAUGAUGCUAUGCUCUCCGACGAGCCAGCCCCCGACGAGCAGCCGCUCGACCGCGCCAAGCGCCGGUACCUCCGCAAGCGCCGCAGCCGCCUCCUCCCCCACCCUGACGCUACCACCACCACCAAGCCCUCCUCCUCGUCAGAGUUCGUCGAGCUCCGGCCGGAGGUGGUGGACUUCCCGCGCCUGCACUGGCGCGAGGAGGCGCUCUACUUCCACGACACCUUCGCCAUGCCGUGGGAGAAGGACAAGCACUACCGCAUGCUCUACCACCUGGAGAAGAAGUACUUCCCCCAUCAGUCCCUCGACAACGCAUUCGUCUCCGCUGACGCUGCCCCGGCCUCUGACGCCGACAUGAGCCUCGUCUUCUUCGACGACGAGAAGAAGGAAGAUGAGGGAGGGGAGCGGGUGGUCAGUAAGAAGGGCGGCGACAGCGACGACAAAGGGGAGGUGCUGGAGAGGAAGGUAGAAGACUUCUUCAGGUCUCUGAAUAAGGGCCCCGGCCAAGCCGACACCAAGGCCAAGAGACCGGGAGCGGAGCCGCGGCAGGUGAAGCGCGAGGUGCCAAGGGAGGAGGAGCGUCCGCAGCCGUACCUCGUCACCAGGACCACGGAGCUGCCACCCAGGUGGGAUGGCCCGGCCGGGACCGACGUGCUCAUUGACAGGCCCAAAGGUGAUGCCUUUCCCCUCCCCUUUGGUGCAUUGCAGGUUCUGGGAUUCUCACCCAAAGGAUGGACUUCAUUUACUGUUUGUGGCAAGUUGCGGCGCUUGGUGAAAGUACAAAAGGUUGGACAUGCUGGAACUCUGGACCCCAUGGCAACUGGAUUGUUGAUUGUUUGUGUAGGAAAAGCAACCAAAAUAGUUGAUAGAUUCACCAGUAUGUAUCCUAGCAUCUCUACAAUGGUCUGCUGGACAUUCUUUUAUUCGGGGGUUGCAAAUGAAUUUACAUUAUUGAAGGGAUUUGGGGAAGCAUCACCAAAUAACAACCUAUUAGGUUCACAGUUAGUUAUGCUUCUUUUCAAUGCUGCUGGAAAUCUUAUUGAAAGAUUCUAUCCUGAAAAGAGAUUAUUCAGAGGGAACCAUGGGAACACAUCAAAGAUGAAGAUAUUAGAAAGGCAGCAGCAUCAUUCAAGGGUCAGAUAUGGCAAGUUCCUCCAAUGUUUUCUGCCAUUAAGACAGAAUUUGAUAUUUCGAGUUACUUGCUCAAAAGGAACAUAUAUUCGAUCCCUAUGUGCGGACUUGGGUAAAGCACUUGGAAGCUGUGCUCAUUUAACUGCCUUGCGGAGAGACUCAAUAGGUGAAUACUCGGUCAAUGAUGCUUGGAACUUCGAUGAGCUUGAGCAACAAAUCACCAAGGGAUAUUUAUGA